CCGAGGUCGAGCCCUGGGGCACCCAGUGUCUGCUGGGCUCGGGUAGCGCGGAAGCCUGGGGCCCAGGACACCUGUCUGAGGAAGCGGAGGGGGCGGGGGCUCGCAGCGCCUUUGACACCCGAGGAAGAGAGGGAGGAGGGAGAAAGCGUUUCAUCAUCGGCGACGGCGGCGGCCACUUAUAAAAACUUCUGGGAUCGCACUGUCUCGCUCAGUCUCCGCACCGCACGCCUCCUCGGAGCCACCGCCCGGCCGGCAGCACCAGCCCCAGGAGCCCUGGGCCUGAAACCACCACCUCGGCUGAGACAGAGGGGGCGUCGGCGCAGCGCCGCCCGCCGCCCGCCACCAUGGGGCUCCUGCCCAAGUUCGGCGCGCGCCAGAGCAGCAGCGCCUCUUCGGGCCGAGCCGGCCGCUGUUCCCGCGCGGUCUUUGGCAACAUUAAGAUAUUUGUGCUCUGCCAUGGUCUCCUGCAACUCUGCCAGCUCCUAUACAGUGCCUACUUCAAAAGCACCCUCACUACCAUUGAGAAGCGCUUCGGGCUCUCCAGUUCUUCCUCAGGCCUCAUUUCCAGCUUGAACGAGAUCAGCAAUGCCAUCCUCAUCAUCUUUGUUAGCUACUUUGGCAGCCGGGUAAACCGACCAAGACUGAUCGGCAUCGGGGGUCUCCUGCUGGCUGCAGGUGCCUUUGUUCUCACCCUGCCACACUUCCUCUCAGAGCCCUACCAGUACACCUCAGCCAGCAUUGGGAACUUCAGCCGUGUCCAGACGGAGCUUUGCCAGAGGCGUGGGCAUAACCUACCCCCUAGUAAGUGCUCAAACACCAUGCAGGAUGUGCGGAAGGAGACCAGCAGCAUGUGGGGCCUGAUGGUGAUCGCACAGCUGCUGGCGGGCAUCGGGACCGUGCCCAUUCAGCCGUUUGGCAUCUCCUAUGUGGAUGACUUCGCAGAGCCCAACAACUCGCCCCUGUACAUCUCCAUCCUAUUUGCCAUUGCUGUAUUUGGACCAGCUUUUGGGUACCUGCUGGGCUCUGUCAUGCUGCAGAUCUUUGUGGACUACGGCAGGGUUGACAUAGCUAAAGUUAACUUGAGCCCAGGUGACCCUCGAUGGAUUGGAGCCUGGUGGCUGGGCCUGCUCAUUUCUUCAGCCUGUUUGGUUCUCACCUCUUUUCCUUUUUUCUUCUUUCCUCGAACGAUGCCCAGAGGAGUAGAGAGUUCUCCUGAGACAGAGGAUGGAACAAGAAAGAUGGAGGAGGUCAGGUCAAGAGGCUCCCUGAUGGAUUUCAUUAAAAGGUUCCCCCGCAUCUUCCUGAGGCUGCUCAUGAACCCACUCUUUGUGCUGGUGGUUCUGGCCCAGUGCACCUUCUCUUCUGUCAUCGCCGGCCUCUCCACAUUCCUCAACAAGUUUCUAGAGAAGCAGUAUGGCACCUCUGCAGCCUAUGCCAACUUUCUCAUUGGUGCUGUAAACCUCCCUGCUGCAGCAUUAGGGAUGUUGUUUGGAGGAAUCCUCAUGAAGCGUUUUGUUUUCCCUCUGCAAACCAUGCCCCGUGUGGCUGCCACCAUCACCACCAUCUCUAUGAUCCUCUGUGUCCCUCUGUUCUUCAUGGGAUGCUCCACCCCACCUGUGGCCGAGGUCUACCCUCCCAGCACAUCAAGUUCUAUACAUCUGCAGCCUCCUGCCUGCCACAGGGACUGCUCGUGCCCGGAUCCCAUCUUCCACCCUGUCUGCGGAGACAAUGGAGUCGAGUACCUUUCUCCUUGCCAUGCUGGCUGCAGCAGCAUCAACAAGAGCUCUGCAGACUCCAAGCAAUUGAUCUAUUUGAACUGCAGCUGUGUGACUGGGAGAUCUACUUCAGCGAAGACAGGAUCAUGCCCCAUCCCCUGUGCCCACUUCCUGCUCCCGACCAUCUUUCUCAUCUCCUUCGCAGCCCUGAUAGCCUGCAUCUCCCACAACCCCCUCUACAUGAUGGUUCUGCGUGUGGUGAACCAUGAGGAAAAGUCAUUUGCCAUUGGGGUACAGUUCUUGCUGAUGCGCUUGCUGGCCUGGCUGCCAUCUCCAGCCCUCUAUGGCCUCAUCAUCGACUACUCCUGCAUCCGGUGGAAUUCACAGUGCUCAGGGAGGCGAGGGGCCUGCAUCUACUAUGACAAUGAUGCUCUCCGGGACAGGUACCUGGGCCUACAGAUGGGCUACAAGGCACUGGGCAUACUCCUGCUUUUCUUCAUCAGCUGGAAGGUGAAGAAGAACAGAGAAUAUAAUGUGCAAGAGAAGGCUAUGGACCUCAUCUGACCCUCACCCAGGCCAUCACCUUGCUCCAAAGUGGACCCUGCCUACUCCUCACUUGUCUGUAUCCACUAAUGUUAACAUGUCUCUUUCUUUUUGUUUUUUAAAUAAGAAAGAAAACCCCAAUCACCAUUUGCCUCUCCUGCCUCCUCUUGCCAAAGUCUCCCUAUGGCUCCUGAGGUCUGGUGCCUACCUGAAUUAAGUGGGCUCACAGCUGGAGGGCCUAGUCUUCCUUGGCUUCUUGGAAGGGGCCCCCAUAUGCCCAAGCUCUCCUUACUGCCCGGGCCUCCAACAAGGAUGCUCAUGAAGGCAGCCCUUGACCCUGACCAACCCUGGGGGUGGGAGUUAAAUGGAGUAAGAAAAAAAGGAUGUGCCCUGCUUGCCAGGCAGCCAGGCUCCCCUGUCUGCCCACAUCCUGCAGAGAACAGAGUUAAAAGGAGGAAGGGAACAGCUGAGUCAUUAAUAGCCAGAGCUGGGCUCCGGGAAGAAGAAGCCAGCCAUAGUCCCUGCUGCAUCUGCAUUCAUACAGCAUGGAAUUCAGGAGGAACUGGCUCCCUUUGCCCUCAGAUCCUCCUUUCCUGCACCCCAGAAGCCUCUUGGAAGCUGCAGAAUCAGAAGUACAGCCCCUUUUCUGUUACCCAGACUCUGGCACCAGAGCAGGAACUGAAAAACCCUGAGAUGGGUCAUCCAAAUGCUAACACUGUGAACCUAAGACCUUUCUGUCCUUAAACUUGCAUGUGUGUCCCUUCCUCUUCCUGGGGCUACAUGUCAGGCUGAGAAAGCCCCAUACAGUGAAGACCCAAGAAGACCUGUGAAAUGACGUGAUGCCCAAUCUCUCACCCUCACAAUGGAAACGAGACCCCUUCAUCUCAGAGCCAUGGGAAGGCCCUCCCUACAUUUCCUUGAGACCAGAGGAAGCAGCUUCACGUGGUCUCGCAUGUCUAGUCCAGCUUGUAUCCAGAGGGCUGAAGAGAGGUGGUCUGAGAUACCACCCAGACACACAAUGAAGCAGAGAGGUUUCAGCUGUGACUACCUGGAUAACACACUAGACAGAGGUCGGCGAGUCUGACUUUCCUAGUUUCAAACACACUGCAUUCAUCAACAUUUUCUCAGCCUCUUCUUGUUGCCUCCAGAGAGGUGGGCACCCUCUGUGGGUCGGUGCUAGGAGACACUGCAGUUAUGUGAUAAAGAUUCAGAGCUAGAAGCCACCAAGAUGCCUUUCAUCAGCAGCAGUUCUACUUACUGGAGACCACCUUUGUGCUCAGCCAUGCUAGUAUGUGGUUCUCCAGAGAGCUUCCCUCAUAUUUUACCUUACCUCCCUCCACUGACACGAGGGCUCCCAGAGUGUGCUUGGUGGGCAGUGCGGACAGUGAGGGGCAGGGGACGACUCAUGCUUUUCAAGCACAAGUAUCCAAAAACUGGCAAAAAGGAUCCUGACCUGACUAUCUGUGGCCCCACCAGACUGACUCCUUUGUGAAACAGAAACCUGGCUCACCGUGUCCACUGGAGCAGCUGGGCUUGGUCCCUGCAGUGCAUGACCCUCGAGCGCCACUCCUUUUGGAAGACUAACCUUGGUCUUUCUUAAUGCAAUUUAACCAAAUCCUGAAGGCACUGACUUCCACUGAGCUCAUGAAUAACGAAUGCCAACUUGCAGGUUCUGGAAACAUGGUUGCCCUCCAAAACCUUUAUUCUAUUAUAUUGUUAUUAAUAUAUUAUAAUUGUGCUACUGA